GCUUCUUAAUCCACUUGUUGAGGAAGAGCCGCAGGAAGCCGAAUGUGGCCGACAGUCGGGUAGCGGCGGCGUGUCGUGCACCAUGUCGGGUCUGAGAGCAGCCGGGAUCCUCGGAGCCUCCGUGGCGGCCGCGGCCGGGCUGGCCUACCUCCUCUGGGCACCGGGGUCCUCCUCCCGGCGGGGAGAGCAGCGGAGCGGGGGUCCUGCUGCCGGAGAGCCCGAAACACCCGCUGGCAGGGGAGAGGAGGAGGAGGAAGAAGAAGAAGAAGAGAGGAAAGAGGCUGCUAGAGAGCCCGAAACACCAGCUGAGAGGAGAGAAGAGGAGGAGGAGGAGAGGAGUGAGGCUGCUGGAGUUCUCCAAACAGCGGGCCGGCCUGUAGAGCCGGACGCCACGCAGGUCCUGGUUCUGGGUCUGGACGGCGCCGGGAAGAGCAGCCUGCUCCACUGCUUCGCCACCGGCAGCGUGAACGUGGACACGCAGCCCACCCAGGGCUUCAACGCCGUGUCCAUCAACAGAGACCGGCUGCACGUCGAGUUCCAAGAGAUUGGAGGUAAAGAAGACCUUCGCCCGUACUGGCGGCGCUACCUGUCCAAGGCGCUGCUGCUGGUGUUUGUUGUGGACUCGUCGGCUCCACAGCUCUUUCCCGAGGCUAAGAAGCAUCUACACGAGCUGCUGUCCUGUCGGCCCGGCCUGCCUCUCAUGCUUCUGGCCAACAAACAGGACCUCCCGGGAUCUCGCAGCAUCACGGACGUCCAUGAGGCGCUCUCUCUGUCCGACAUCGGAGAGCGCCAGCUGUUCCUGGUCGGUACGCAUGUGAGGAAGGGCGACACAGAGUUGAGCUCAGGCGUCCAGGACGCCUGGGAACUCAUCAUCCAGACGAUUUGUGGCGACAGAUGAAACAUGCACUGCUUUGUUUUUACUCCUCUGUUUUUGGUCACUUCUUUGUACUUUUUGGAACUUGACAGUGGACUGCAGGGCUUUUAUUCUUUUAGACGGUGGUAUGUUUUAUCCGUAGAUGUUGAAGCUGAAAUUGGGCUGAUCUCGUUACUCGUUACGUAAAAGUUGUUCUGAUCAUUUUGAAACGUCUGAAGCAAAGAAUUGUGGGUGAGAUGGUGACAUCUUUCUGUCCCACUGAUUCAGAUGUCAAAAAGAUUUCAGUUCUCUUAAUGUCAAACACUAGAAGAAGUGUUUAGUGCUACAAGGUCAAGAAGAAGGUCAGGUGUGUGUGUGUGUGUUCUGUUGGGACUUGGUCUGCUGGUUGUCAGAUUGGAGGCUGCUGCUCAGUCGUCGGGACGGGAGCUGCUGCUGGUUCAAGCUUUACAAGGAGACACGCUCUUCUUACCAGAGGACUGUCAUCCUCUGAUUUACAUUGUCUUUGUUUUUUGAGAAAAUUCGCUGUAUUUUUAGAUGCAACUUUGUUUGGAAAUUUGACUCUUCUGAGAUUUAAAAAAAAAUUUCAGUCACACAGAACUAUGAUGAUUUGUGAUAUACGUGGUCCAAAGGACUUUGAUACCAAAACCCGUAUUCUUUCAUAUCUUGUCAUAUCUAAUGUUUCCACAUUUCAAUAAAUGGU